UUGGAGGCAGCCCGUUCUGUGACAGCGAGCCACCAGGCCGGACGUCGCUUAGGGGACGCCGGGCUGACUGUAAGUUUCUCUGGCGGCCGCGCAGAGCCUCAGGCGGCCCUAGUUUCUAAUUCAGGUUGAUCAUGGCUUCCAGCCACAACGUGUUGAUGCGGCUGGUAGCCUCCGCAUACUCUAUCGCUCAGAAGGCAGGAACCAUCGUCAGGUGUGUCAUCGCUGAAGGAGACCUGGGCGUCGUGCAGAAGACCUCAGCCACUGACCUGCAGACCAAAGCAGACCGCUUGGUACAGAUGAGCAUAUGCUCUUCCCUGUCCCGGAAAUUCCCGAAGCUAACGAUCAUCGGGGAAGAGGACCUGCCUCCUGGGGAAGUGGAUCAAGAGCUGAUUGAAGACGGGCAGUGGGAGGAGAUCCUGAAGCAGCCGUGCCCAUCGCAGUACAGUGCUAUCAAGGAGGAAGACCUUGUGGUUUGGGUUGACCCCGUAGAUGGUACCAAGGAAUACACUGAAGGUCUUCUUGACAAUGUAACAGUGCUCAUUGGGAUUGCUUAUGAAGGAAAGGCCAUCGCAGGCAUCAUCAACCAGCCAUAUUACAACUACCAGAACAAUGAAAAGGAGAAGCUCAGGGAGCACAGGAAUGAAGCAAAGGCAGGACCGGACACCGUGCUGGGCAGGACCAUCUGGGGAGUCCUGGGUUUGGGUGCCUUUGGGUUUCAGCUGAAAGAAGCCCCUGCUGGGAAGCACAUCAUCACCACCACCAGAUCCCAUAGCAACAAGCUGGUCACAGACUGCAUUGCAGCCAUGAACCCUGACAACGUGCUGCGAGUGGGAGGAGCAGGAAACAAGAUUAUCCAGCUGAUUGAAGGCAAAGCCUCUGCUUAUGUAUUUGCAAGUCCUGGAUGUAAGAAAUGGGAUACUUGUGCCCCAGAAGUUAUCUUACAUGCUGUAGGAGGGAAGUUGACAGACAUCCAUGGGAAUCCCCUGCAGUACGACAAGGAGGUGAAACACAUGAACUCUGCUGGAGUUCUGGCCGCACUGCGGAAUUAUGAGUACUACGCAAGCCGCGUACCAGAGUCUGUCAAAAGUGCACUCAUUCCCUGAAGGGGGUCUCACUUACUUACCCAGGGGCCUCGGUUCAAAGUAACAUAUCUUAGAACUGAUUAACUGAUUGAACAAUUAGAACUCCACUUGCAUUCAUCAUUGAUCAAUGAUUUAUUAGUAGGUAGGGAUAGAAGAUGGAAUUAAAGAAUUGUCUUAGGUAUAUAACACAAUUGUCAUUUCUCCUGCCUAAAAAAAAAAAAAUUAGCCAAGUGGUAGCACUUAUGACAGUCAUAGCCAUUCCAGUGGCUGAGCUAGGAGGGUUGCUUAAGCCCAGGGCCCCGAGACUAGCCUCCUUCACAUAGCAAGACAUAGCCCAAAAACAAAGAAGAAAAACAAAAAAGGAAUUUACACUUGAUCUUAGCCAAAAGGCCAAGAAGCGAUCAAAAAAGGAAUUUAGUUUUACUAAUUAGCAAACUAGACCUGUUUUGUUGUUGUUGUUGUUUGGUUUUUUGAGACAGGGUUUCUCUGUGCAGCCCUGGCUGUCCUGAAAUUUACUUAGUAGACAAAGCUGGCCUUGAACUCAGUGAUUCCCCUGCCUCUGCCUCCUGAGGGCAGGGAUUAAGGGCUUGCCCCACCAUACCUGGCAGAAACGUUACUGUUUUUAAGUGAAGAAAUGAAAAAGGGUUAGUUCCGAAUGACAGUCCAGGUCAUUUGUGUAAUCAACAUUCCUGCUGGUAACCAAAUUUCUUCAGGGCACAGUUACUCCAGAAUUUCAGUUUGUUUUCUUUUCAUAGUAAUUUUUUAAAUUUCUGAUUCCAAAUGAGAAUGCAUAUAAUAUUAUUUAUGUUGAUAGAUUUAUGGGGAAAGUUUGUCCAAGAUACUUAGUCCUAUCUCUUUAUGUUAUAUAUCAGAUUUUUUUCAAAAGUAUUUGAAAAUUAUAAAUACUGUGAGGAUUAAUUUAUUCUCUUGUCAUUAAAAGCUAUCAUCAGAAA